UAACUGUGUGGACGGUUUUUGAAACGGCAGGCAGCAGCAACUUGAAGCGAAGCUACAUAAAAUAGUAGUAUAAAGCAAAAAAGCAAUUUGUACAAAUUUUUAAAAUUUGCCUAUUGUUUUAACUACGUGUUGAUUUAUACAUCGACGAGCCGUGUGCGUGUGCUUAUAUUUAUAUAUAAAUAAAACUAAACGUGUUUUUCGCGCUUCGCAUUUGAAAACUACAGUUAAACAAAAAAUCAAAAUGGCUGAUGUGGCUGAGCAAAACAAAGAGACCCCCGUUGUCGAGAAGGUUGCCGCUGAAGAAGUGGAUGCUGUGAAAAAGGAUGCCGUAGCUGCCGAUGAUGCUGCAGCUGAAGCAACAACCACAACAGAGAACGGCGGUGCCGCCGAAGAGGAAUCCAGCAGCAGUGCUGAGGGCGCCAAGGAGAAUGGUGCCGCUGCCGCCGAUACCGCCGCUGCUGCCGAUGCUGUCGCGGAUGCAGUCGAUGGUGAGAAGGCCGCUGCUGCUGGCGAUGCAGCCGACGCAGAGAAGAAAACAGCUGAGGCGACCAGCGAGGCAGCUGCUGCUGAGAAUGGCGAUGAGGCCAAUGGAGACUCAACAGAUGCACCCGCUGAGGCCGUCAAGCGGAAGGUUGAUGAGGCCGCUGCCAAAGCUGAUGAGGCCGUUGCCACGCCGGAAAAGAAGGCGAAGCUGGACGAGGCCAGCACAAAGGAUGAAGUUCAAAAUGGUGCCGAAGCUAGCGAGGUGGCUGCCUAAAAAGCAUUAUCGUGCUACACAAAUUUCGGCAGCUGCAGCAGCAACACAACAACAACAACAAGCGCAGCAGCACUAAUACAUUAAAUACUAACACACAAACAAAAUGAAAAACGAAAUCAUACACAAAAUGCCCACACACACACACACGCACGCACGCACACAGAGACAGACUAUCAACCCACCCGCUACCACAACCUCACCCGAGAGCCGCCUUCAAUAUAAAUAUAUGAGUAUGGAUGUGUCGGCUCUAUGUAAGUGUGCGCGGGUCCGUGUCUGUAGGUGUGUGUGUGUGUGUGUGUGGCAGGUUUAAUAACAAUCCUGUAUAGGAGCGUAGUCUUAAAAAGUACCGAUUCUCUGUCUCUCUACUAACACGCAAAAAACACACAAAAUCCAUUAUCAUUUAAAUUACUUAAAAACAAAACUUAACUUUAAAGCAAAAAGUAUAUAUAUUUAAAAAAAAACAAAAAACAAAAAGAAACGAAAAGCGCAAGCAAAAAGUAUGAUGCGACACACUACGUUUUAAGCAAAAAGUAUAAAGUUGUAAACAAAAUCGUAAACUAAAUAAUAAAACAAGGAAAGAAAGAAAUUUGCAAAACACUUAUUUAAGCGACAAAACAAAACAAUUGAGUAACAAACAAUUUCGCAUUAGCAUUUUGUCAUUUUUAAGUAUAAACAUAUGUAUUUCCUUUUAUAAUUUUAUGUACGAUGAAUCCUGAUCCUAUAUUAUACAUUAUAUAUAUAUAAAUAUAUUUCUA